CCAUCCAGUCCUGGAGCCUGCGCGGCUGCGCCUUGCAUCGCAUCUCCGUCGUCGUCCUCGCCCACGGAAUCCGUCCAAUUCCCCACGCCGCCCGUCGUCCUUUUCUAUAAAAUUCACUCCGCCACCAAAUCUCGAAUCCCCAUCGCGCUGCUUUUCCACCGACCCCGACGCCGACGCCGACGCCACCGCCGCUCCCUCCCCAGUCCCCACUCCCCUUCCCGGGCCGCGGAGCAGAGAUCCGGGGCGCCGCGCGAUGGCGAACAUCGACAUGGCGAAGAUCCUGGCGGACCUGGACCGCGGCGCCAGCGGCGGCGACGCGCGGGUGCCCAAGACCAAGCUCGUAUGCACGCUCGGCCCGGCCUCCCGCACCGUGCCCAUGCUCGAGAAGCUGCUCCGCGCCGGCAUGAACGUCGCGCGCUUCAACUUCUCCCACGGCACCCACGAGUACCACCAGGAGACGCUCGACAACCUCCGCCAGGCCAUGCACAACACCGGCAUCCUCUGCGCCGUCAUGCUCGACACCAAGGGUCCUGAGAUCCGUACAGGGUUUUUGAAGGAUGGUAAACCGAUUAAGCUAACCAAGGGUCAAGAAAUCACUGUCACCACUGAUUAUGAUAUCAAGGGUGACGAAAAUACGAUUGCUAUGAGUUACAAGAAACUGCCUGUUGACGUGAAGCCUGGAAAUGUCAUACUCUGCGCAGAUGGUACUAUCUCUCUGGCCGUUCUAUCUUGUGAUCCUGAUGCUGGAACUGUGAGGUGUAGAUGCGAGAACACUGCAAUGCUUGGUGAGAGAAAGAACUGCAAUCUGCCAGGAAUUGUUGUGGAUCUUCCUACAUUGACUGAGAAAGAUAAAGAAGACAUUUUGGGCUGGGGUGUUCCAAAUGAUAUUGACAUGAUUGCUCUAUCCUUUGUCCGUAAAGGAUCAGAUUUGGUGACUGUGAGACAGGUUCUUGGGCAGCAUGCCAAGCGCAUUAAGUUGAUGUCAAAGGUUGAAAACCAAGAGGGUGUUGUAAACUUUGAUGAGAUCUUGAGGGAGACUGAUGCUUUUAUGGUUGCUAGAGGUGAUCUUGGAAUGGAGAUUCCUGUUGAGAAGAUUUUCCUUGCGCAGAAGAUGAUGAUCUACAAGUGCAACAUUGCUGGCAAACCUGUUGUUACCGCUACCCAGAUGCUCGAGUCGAUGAUCAAAUCCCCUAGGCCCACCCGCGCAGAGGCCACUGACGUUGCAAAUGCUGUUCUUGAUGGAACUGACUGUGUCAUGCUCAGUGGUGAGAGUGCUGCUGGAGCCUACCCCGAGGUGGCUGUGAAGAUCAUGGCUCGUAUCUGCAUCGAGGCAGAGUCUUCCCUGGACCACGAGGCAGUUUUCAAGGCCAUGAUCAGGUCCGCGCCUCUUCCAAUGAGCCCUCUGGAGUCUCUUGCAUCAUCUGCUGUGCGAACUGCCAACAAGGCCAAGGCCGCACUGAUCGUCGUCUUGACUCGCGGUGGCACCACGGCCAAACUGGUCGCCAAGUACCGCCCCAGGGUUCCCAUCCUCUCUGUUGUGGUACCCGUGCUAACGACGGAUUCUUUCGACUGGACCAUCAGCUCCGAGGGCCCAGCUAGGCACAGCCUGAUCUAUAGAGGCCUCAUUCCCCUCCUCGCUGAGGGCUCCGCGAAGGCUACGGAUUCAGAGUCAACCGAGGUGAUCCUGGAGGCUGCGCUCAAGUCGGCCGUGCAGAAGCAACUUUGCAAGCCUGGUGAUGCCAUUGUGGCUCUCCAUCGUAUCGGCGUCGCCUCCGUCAUCAAGAUCUGCAUCGUGAAGUGAUCACCGUGACUUGACUCCUAAGUCCCAGGGGGGUGGUUCUCACCGCUGGGACCUAUGAAACAACUUUUCUGCCUCCUUUUUAACUGCAUUUUUCGGAGACAGAUAAUUACUGUAUGUUGUAAGCCCGCUUCUGUUGUUUGCAGCUGCAAGAUGUCUUUUUUUUUGUUUACAUAGUUUUUGAGCUGGUAAAUGAGGAGGGAGAGGACUCCAUUGAUGUUAGUGGUAAUAAGAUUUGUAUCUACGGAGUUCAGUUAAAAGGCUUU